AUGGAUCUUGGUGGUGGUUCUAGAGAUUUGAUCAGCGGCCUACCAGAUCCUUUGAUUUCCCACAUCUUGUCCUUCCUUACCACUAAAGAAGCUGCUUCCAUGUCUGUCCUCUCGAGCAAAUGGCGGUAUCUCUUUGCUUUUGUCACUAAUCUUGAUUUCGAUGCCUCCGUCUAUCUGACUCCUAGAGAAGAGAUAAAGAUUCCUGUAAGAAUUGACGGUAUCAUGGAAAUGAUCACUCAGAGAAAGAGCAGCGUUCCUACAAGUUUCAUGGAUUUCGUGGACAGAGUCUUGGCUUUGCAAGACAACUCUCCUGUACACAAAUUCUCUCUAAAGAUCAGAGAUGGCGAUGAUCCAGUUGAUCCUAUCCGUAUCUUUCGCUGGAUUCUCAAUGUGUUGGAACGUGGUGUGGCGGACCUUAAACUAGGCUUGGAUUUGGAACGGGAUCUUACACAAGGCAUUGAAUCGGAUUCUCUGCUUCCUUCAGAGAUCUUCUUGAGCGAGACACUAGUUAGGCUGAAACUGAGUGGGUGUGGCCCCAACAUUGAUGUUGAAGAGGCAUGUCUUCCAAAGCUUAAGACUCUCUGUAUCGAGGGAGUCCAUUUUGAAAAGCAUGGUGUUGGGCUUGACAAGCUUCUCUCUGGCUGCCACGAGCUUGAGGAUUUAGUUUUGGAUGACAUAUCUUGGUUCAUAUGGGAUUUUGCCUCUGUGUCUGUCCCAACUCUCAAGAGACUAAAGUUUUCCUGGCAAGAGCUUGAUAAGAAUCCAAAGAGUGUCGUUGGACACUCCUAA